AUGUCGACAGCCAUGCAUUCCUUCCACUCCAUGGGCCAGCAGGAGGGCAGCCAUGCGCGCGAGGAGAGCGUAGAAGAAGCAGCAGCAGCAGCAGCAGCAGCAGCAGCAUCAACCUCUGCCUCUGCCUCUGCCUCUUUGCACGCCGCUUCAGCUUCCACCAGCACUUUUCGCAGCGCAGAGACGCAGAAGAGCGUCGAAGCGGAGACGCGCAGUCUCAGUCCACCAAGCUCGCCCACGCAGCAGCAGCAGCAGCAGCAGGAUCCAGACUUGCACAGCCACACGACGCAUCCCAUUGGCCAGCAGACGAGCAGCAGCGAUGGCGAUGUGAAUGACGAUCCAUGCGCCAUGCCCGCGUCCACGCCCGCAUCCACGCCCGCGUCCACGACCACUCCUCGCGUGCUCAGAUCUCCCAGUCCAGCAUACGCACCUCUCUCCCCUUCCCCCCUGCCACACUACGUACCAUCCAAGAUUCCCUCUUUGCGACACGAUGCUGAAGCAGCGCGCAAAGAAGCGCGCGCUCUGACCGGUUGGGGAGCUGUGGGAAACGUUGCGGGAUGGAGGAGCGUCACGCCCACGCCGACUAGAAUGAUGAUGAUGGAUGCUGCUGCUGCUGCUGCUACUGCUGCGGAAGAGCGGCCAUUCAGGACGGCAUCGCCUGUACCGAGUGCCAGCGUGGACGAGAGCAGAUCGCCUGACAGAGCUUCGCGCACAGCUUCCACUUGGCAUCCCCUAUCGCACGCGCACGCGCACCAGCACGAGCACGAGCACGAGAUCCAACAGCCAGUCACGCCGCCCACAACUCCUUCUCGCAAACGCGGGGCGAAACGAGGAGCAGGAAGAUCGGCAUGGGGCGAUCAUGUUCAGCGACACGCUAUACUGGGUGCGGGAGUGUAUGAGGAGGAUGAUGGGGCCGAUUUGGCGGGUAGAGAGUGGCAUGCUAUGUAUGCGCCCGGUAGUCAUGCUGCUCCUGCUCCUGCUCCUGCUCCUGGUCUGCAAUCUCCUCGUAGAAGCGCUACCAGCAGGCUGUUGCAUCUGGCUCAAGGUUUGAGAAAGAGGACGGGGCAUGGGCAUGGGCAUGCUGAUGCUGAUGCUGCUUCACCAUCCACUGCGCAGCAGCGUGAUGACACAUUAUCCGCUCAUCGAAGUAUCAUGCACGAUGCCGAAGAAGAAGUUGCACAGCAGAACAGCAAUCACAAUGUGCAUGUCAGCUCCAUCGACGGCCAAGACGACUCGUUGCACAACGCUCGUGCUGAUGACCCAGCUUCUGCUCAUCGUCGUCCCACCUUCCUGCACGCGAGCAGCAGCUUUGCAACGCUGGCGCAGGCACAGGCGCAGGCGCAGGCGCAGGACGCAUCGGCCAACGGAGCGGCGAGCGCGUCAGCGAGCACGAGUCAGCCGAGUCAGCAGCAUGCGAGUUCUCGGACGGAAUUGCUGGGCGUCGCUGCUGCUGCUGAUCGGAAAGAGAGCGGCACUGGACCUGCUGGUCGUUGGAACAGCUUCAAGCGCGCUUUGAUCCUUGCCAACGCGGUGGUGAGCAGACUUACUUGCAGAUGCGGGGGCGCGGGCGGGGGUGCGAGGCGGGGGCGCGAGGCGAGGCGCGAGGCGCGAGGCGGGAUCCGGUGUUGCUCUCUCGCGCUGGCCACAACUCACGCACGCUCGCCCCCUCUGCAACUCCUGCACAGCUCACGGCGUACUCUGUCACGCUUCUCGUCUUGCUCAUCCUGCUCUGGAGUCAAGUAUUUGUCAAUGGCGAUGUCCUCAUCGCCACAAAUUACACGGCCAUGGCGCGUGAGUAGUAGCAGUCGCAGGCGCAGUCACAGGCGCAGUCGCCAAGCCCCUCCACGAGCAAAGUGUGUUCCAACGAGCUGCUUGCGCUCACAGCAGCAGCAGCAGCAGCCCCGCGGCAAAGCCUCCCGCAAGUGUUUCGCCCAUUCUCGACUGAUCAUUCCUUCCCCCUCUCUCGCAUCGCAGUCGCAACAGCCGCAAUGUGCUUAAGCUGCGCAACCGCACUCAUAGGCUGGCUCGGCAUCCUCCUCAACAAUCGUCUCUUUCUCACCAUCUACAACUUUCUGCUUUGGCCCAGCCUGGCAUUGAUAGCCGCGCCAGCGUACCUGACGUAUAGAAAGCGCGAAUUCAAUCUCGAGGGCAAACUCAAUCAGCUCUGGUCCAGGCAACUUUCCAACAUCCAGCGUCUGCUCAUUCAGCACGCGUUCGACUGUUGCGGAUACUUUGGACCCUACGUCCUCGCUGCUGCCGAUGGUCAACGCUGCUUCUCUAGAAGCCUCAAAGACGGCUGCAAAGCUUCCUUGCUGCGCUUCGAGAGGGACGCUUUGCAUAUCAUCUACUCCAUCGCUUUCGCCAUCGGUGGCAUUCACAUCCUCAUCAUCACCGUCGCAAUCCUCUGCGCGGACCAUGUGACCUACAUGUUCGGCAAAGGCAUCACCCCCGCCCAGUCAUAUCCUACCCACGAAUCGCUCCAUGUGAGUCUUGGUCGGGGAGCGCUUUGCGGUGUGGAGGAGCAGGAUGAGCGCUAGCUGAUUUUGCGCAUCGAUGCGAAUUUGAAUCUACUUUUGACUGCAGGUCGCACCGUCUAGCCGAUCACGUGCUCGGCCACGUCAUUUUCUCCCACUUGUCCUCAGAGCGCCGCUCCGUCUUUUUGGCAAAUGA